UUUUUUUUGCAAGAUGUAAACUACACCUCGGACACUACGGGCCUACGGAUCGCUUUUGGAAGGAUUUAAAAAGAGAGAGAGGGGGACCUCAAGGGCGUCUUUUUGUGUGUGUGUGUGUUUAAGGGCGUAAAAUUUCCAUUAUGAACGUUUCUCUCUAAAGUGAUUUUAUUUUUUUGGAGGGGUUUGCUUCGCCUUCGUCUUUUUUUUUUCCUUCUCUUUUUGACCCCGCCACCCAACAUAUUUUGGAUUUAUUGUGAGGAUUGCAUUGUGUGCGAAGAAAAUCGGAUUACAAGAAACCACUACCAACGAGAAACAACACAAAAAAGGAAUUCCCCCCCCCCCACGCCAAAUUGGUUGCGGCUUUUAAUUCAUGAAGCAGUUUCCCCCAUUUGCAAACCGAAUCUGGGUAUCAGCAUGAGCAAAGAAAGACCCAAGAGGAAUAUAAUUCAAAAGAAAUACGAUGAUAGUGAUGGGAUUCCAUGGUCGGAGGAGAGGGUGGUACGAAAAGUCCUUUACUUAUCUCUGAAGGAAUUCAAGAAUUCGCAGAAGAGGCCGCAUGGCGAUGGCAUUAAUGGGAGCCUCAAGAGUGUGAAUGGACUCCUUAGUAAUGGCCAGUCUAAAGGAUUAGGACCGGGGUCGGAACACCUAGAGAAUGAGAAGGACGAUGCAUCGCAAGUGUCCUCCACUAGCAAUGAUAUUGGUUCUUCAGAUUUUGAAGAAGGGCCGUCAAGGAAAAGGCCGAGGCUGCAAGCACAAAGGAAGUUUGCUCAGUCCCAGCCAAACAGUCCCAGCACAACUCCCAUUAAGAUAGUGGAGCCAUUAUUGCCCCCUCCAGCUACGCAGAUUUCUGACCUCUCCAAAAAGAAGCCCAAGACUGAAGAUUUCCUUACAUUUCUCUGCCUUCGAGGUUCUCCAGCCCUACCCAGCAACAUGGUGUAUUUUGGAAGCUCUCAGGACGAGGAGGAUGAAGAAGAAGAAGACGAAGAAACAGAAGAUGCUAAGGUAGCUUCGAAUAACGCUUCGUCUUCGUGCCAGUCGACACCCAGGAAAGGGAAAACCCAGAAGCAAGUUCCAAAUGGACAUGUCUUCAACGGAUCUAACAAGUCAACAAGAGAGAGAGAGACUGUUCAGAAACACAAAAUCAAAGAGACGACGCCGGCAAAGGAGAGAAACGGUGAGCACAGAUCCGAGAGCCGAAAAGACCAGGCUGCUGCUAAUCACCAUCCUACAACAAACACGGGCUUCUCCACAAAAGGGCUCACAGCUAAUCACCACCACACCCAUCAUCGAUCGGCUCAGGACUUAAGGAAACAGGUCUCCAAGGUCAACGGUAUCACUCGCAUGUCAUCCCCGAGUGCAAACACAGCCAGUGCCAAAAAGAUGAGAGAAGUCAGACCUUCACCGUCCAAAACUGUGAAGUACACUGCAACAGUGACAAAGGGAACUGUCACAUACACCAAAGCCAAGAAAGAACUGGUCAAGGAAACCAAACUAAAUCAUCACAAGCCCAGUUCACCCGUCAACCACACAAUCUCAGGGAAAACGGAAAGUAGCAAUGCAAAAACCCGCAAACAGGUGCUAUCCCUUGGAGCGGCCAAGCCCAACAAUACCGCUGUUAACGGUGUCAAGGUCAAUGGCAAAUUGAACCAAAAGACAUGCACUAAGGAGGUAGGGAGGCAGCUGAGGGAGGGGCUUCGCAAUUCGAAAAGAAGGCUGGAAGAGGCAAACCACAUAGACAAAACCCAGUCACCGACCAAGAAGUUAAAGGGCGCGGCCAGUGUGACAGAAGCCCCGAGCAAAAAGGCCCCCCCGGAGAAGCCUUUGCUGAACGGCCAUGUGAAAAAGCCUGGAAGUCAGGAAGUGCCACAAAAAAGCCUGGAAAGAAACAGGCCGAAGAGAGCCGCCGCCGGGAAGAACACGCCAGGGAAACAAGCACAUAACAAAACUGAAAAUGCCUCCUGUGAAAAUCAUUCUACCUCUCAAACGGAGUCCUUGCACAAGCCACACGACUCAGUGGGGAAGCACGAGAAGGGGGGGACCGUCAAGUCCGGGUGGGCCACGAUGGAGGAGAUUCCCAUCCUCAGGCCUUCCGCGAAGGAGUUCCACGACCCAUUGAUAUACAUUGAGUCAAUUCGUGCUCAGGUCGAGAAGUACGGGAUGUGCAGGGUGAUCCCUCCGCCCGACUGGAGGCCCGAGUGCAAACUCAAUGAAGAGAUGCGGUUUGUGACCCAGAUUCAGCACAUUCACAAGCUGGGCAGGCGCUGGGGGCCCAACGUGCAGCGGCUGGCCUGCAUCAAGAAGCACCUCAAAUCUCAGGGCAUUACAAUGGAUGAGCUUCCACUCAUAGGAGGCUGCGAGCUAGAUUUGGCCUGCUUUUUCCAGCUGAUCAACGAAAUGGGGGGCAUGCAGCAAGUGACUGACCUCAAGAAAUGGAACAAACUGGCAGACAUGCUGCGUAUCCCUAAAACUGCACAGGACCGGUUAGCCAAGCUGCAGGAGGCCUACUGCCAGUAUUUGCUCUCCUACGACUCCCUCUCGGCCGAGGAGCACAAGAGACUGGAGAAGGAAGUUCUCUUUGAAAAGGAGGUCCUAGAAAAGCGGAAAGGUCCCUUGGAGGUUCACCUGGAUAACAACUACGAAUUCCAGUCCCUGCCCCGAUACGAGCCCAAAAAUGGACUCAUCAACGGCGUGGUUCAUAAAAACGGCUUCCGGAACAAGGCGAAAGAAAUCGAAGUCCCACCGAAGACCGGCAGGCGGCGACUCUUCUCUCAGGAAAAAGAGACCGUGAAGGAAGAGGAGGAGGAUAAAGGCGUUUUUAGUGACCUCCACAAAUGUGUAUAUAAGGGAAGGUCUGUUUCGUUAACAGCCUUUUAUCGAACAGCAAGGAACGUCAUGAACAUGUGCUUCAGCAAGGAGCCCACAGCAGCUGAAAUAGAGCAAGAGUAUUGGAGGUUAGUGGAACAGAAGGAUUCCCAUGUAGCAGUGCACUGUGGGAAAGUGGAUACCAACACCCAUGGGAGUGGCUUUCCUGUGGGGAAAUCGGAACCAUUCUCAAGGCACGGGUGGAACCUGACAGUCCUUCCGAAUAACACGGGAUCCAUCCUGCGACAUCUGGGUGCUGUGCCUGGAGUGACAAUUCCUUGGCUAAAUAUUGGCAUGGUCUUUUCUACCUCAUGCUGGUCUCGAGACCAAAAUCACCUUCCAUAUAUUGACUACUUACACACUGGUGCUGACUGCAUUUGGUAUUGCAUUCCUGCUGCAGAGGAGAAAAAACUUGACAAAGUGGUACAUACCCUGCUGCAAGCCAACGGCACUCCAGGGCUGGAAAUGCUUGAAAGUAACGUCAUGAUCUCCCCCGAGGUGUUGUGCAAAGAGGGGAUCAAGGUGCACCGUACUGUACAGCAGAGUGGGCAGUUCGUUGUCUGCUUUCCAGGAUCUUUUGUGUCUAAAGUGUGCUGCGGCUACAACGUCUCGGAAACUGUGCACUUUGCUACCACCCAGUGGACAAGCAUGGGUUUUAAAACUGCCAAGGAAAUGAAGCGGCGACAUAUACCCAAGCCAUUUUCAAUGGAGAAGCUGCUUUACCAGAUAGCGACGGCAGAAGCGAAAAAAGAAAAUGGAUCAGCUCUGAGUACGAUAUCGGCGCUUCUGGGAGAGCUCAGGGACACAGAGUUGAGGCAGCGGCGGCAGCUAUAUGAGGCAGGCCUCCAUUCUUCAGCCCGCUAUGGGAGUCACGACAGCAGCAGCACGGGAGCAGAUGGGAAGAAAAAGCCUCGAAAGUGGCAGCUAGAGACAUCUGAGAGGAGGUGUCAGAUUUGCCAGCACCUGUGUUACCUAUCCAUGGUUGUACAGGAGAAUGAAAAUGUUGUCUUCUGCCUGGAAUGUGCCCUGCGGCACGUAGAAAAACAGAAGUCUUGUCGAGGAUUGAAACUAAUGUAUCGUUAUGAUGAGGAACAAAUAAUCAGUUUAGUCAAUCAAAUAUGUGGGAAAGUAUCUGGCAAAAACGGCACCAUUGAGAUCUGUAUCAGCAAGCCUACACCAAAAAGAGGACCUCGGAAGAGAGCGACAGUUGACGUACCAUCAUCGAGACUUUCAUCCUCCAGUUCAUCCAAAAGUGCUUCAAGUUAAUCAUGAAGAUGCCAACACACACUCUCUUCUCUUUUUUUGUCAAUUUUAUAUAUAUUUUUUGUAAUUAUUAUAUCAUAGUUUGGAGUACUUGCUGUAGAAUACAAGCUGUCUUUGCACUAGCUCUAAAGAAGAUUUUCUUCUGGUUUUAGAGAACUAAUUUUGUUUUAGCAUUAAACUGUUGAAUUUUUUUUAAAAAUUUAGGAUAGAUCGAUGCAGCAGUCAGGUCCCCCCCCCCCCAACUGCUGUGCAUUCACUGUUUUAAAACUGGUGAGAGGCAAAAUGACAUUCAUUUGUAUUUGUUCCUCUGGCUGAAAAUUUUAAAAAGCCUUUUUUCCCUUUCAGUAACUGUGAAAAAGGCUUUUUUUUUUUUUCCGCCGCAACCCCUUUUUGUUUGUUUUGUUUUUCCAAUAGGUUGAAGUUUGGCGUGGGUGAUGAUUUGUUCUCCAGUCAUGACCGCAAAUACUUUUUUUUUCCAAGCCAGAAAAGGGAUAGGAGACAAAACUUGAAAGAAAUCGCUAUACUUUUGGCUUGUAUUCUGUAACAGGCAGGAUGAGUUUUGUACCUUUUUAAAUCGGAGAAUUACACACUUUUCUUUGAGAGGUUACGGCAGCUGAAGAUGGACUUAGUUUUCUAACUGUAGGCAAAAUGGGGGAUUUGGAGAAACUGUUCUCUGUUACCAGCACUUCACUAUGCAUCUGUUCGAGGAGGAGAAGAAAGAGAAGACGACUGCCUGCCCUGAGGAGUCACGUGAGCGAAAAAAACUGUGCCUGAUUUCAUUAGGAAAUCCAUUCUGUUGUUUUUUUGGUGCUGUUGGCUACUUUUGUCAAAAAAAAAAAACCCUUCAAUAGCAUCCUUUAAAAAUGAUUGAAGCCAUAAGUGCUUCUUGUCAUAGACGUGCAAUCUUUAACAUUCCAUUUUCAUUCCACUGAUGUUUUCCAUACCUUUUCACAGUCAGCAUUAAUUUCGUUUUGAAUUUUUUUUUGUUAUAUGAUCACAUUUAGAGCCACUAGCAGGUUUGCAUCUUUCUUUUUUUGAAUGUGAAAAUUCAUUUUGCUCUCCAUCUUGUCUAAUUUUUUUUUCUUCUUCACGUUGUAACAAAAAAAAAAGAAAUCAUACCUUUUGUACAUAAGCCUGUAAAUUGUUUUAAAUACUUGAGCCUUUUUUUCUUCGGGAGGGCGGGGAAGGGUGGCAAAGAGACAAGAUGAAGAAAAGCCUUACGUUUCACUUUCUUCAUCGGUUGGAUUGGAUGCUUACAGGGUUUUUCUUGUAACAUUUAUAAGUGCUGCUUACAUCACUGAACAACGACAAAAAAUAAUAAAUGGAGUAGUUGUUGCCCUUUUCCAGUUGUGUGUACAGUAUGUGUGGAAUAAAAAAGGGAAAAUGUUUUCACAAAACUCUUUGUUUCAUAAUUGAAUUCGACAAGACCAUAGAGCCACCCCAUAUUGCACUGAGCUUGCCAGUGGUGACUGUCAGGAAAGUCUUAUAAAAAAAAAUAACAUAAUUGUUGGUUGUUGCAGAAGACUGAACUGUUUUGAAAAUAUUUAACAAUAACCUACAGAGUCGAGUGUUUUCCAAUGUGGUUGUCCGGUUUUUGAUGGCCUUGCUGUGUACUUUUUUCCUUCUUGACAGUAAACUUCUGACUAUGGCUUACAGUUUGACCUUUAAUUUAUUAGCGCUGCUCUUGCUCUCUUUCCUUGCAAGGAGAGACUUCAUGUUUAUUGCCAGUUUUUGUUUACUUUUCAGGUUUGUAAUACAAGGUUUAAUAAAAAAAAACACUUUUGGACA